GAAGACAGGUGCUUGUUUACAAUAUGGCGGCGCACUGACAAGUGCGCUCGAACUUGCCAACAUGCGAAUUUGGUGAUGCCGACAUUAAACUCCGCAGUUAUGCUUGAUCAAGUAGUUCCAGUUACGUGUGCAUGACUGAAUUAAAUCAAUAAGAUUGCUUGUUGUAAAUGAUGGCUGACACUGAAAGUUUAUCUGUGUCAUCUGAGAGUUCCAUCAGUCAGACGACAAAAGACACAGGGGAGACAACUCAGACUGGCUCGGAUGGCACCAAUGUCCCACUAUCUGUUGUAGCACUGAACCAACAAGCUGGGUACUUUAGAGCUCAGCAGAAAAAACUUCCAGAGUUGCCGUCUCAGCGGUUCAAGCACAGUGUGUGGCAUGAGCUGCGAGACAGCAGCGUCAAGGGGGAUGAGCUGAAGGCUCCCCGAGUCAGGAAAGGUCCGGAUGGGAAGGAACGAACAUUCUAUGAGUUGCGUGAUGAGGAGGACAAUCUGAUCCACCACUCACUGACCGGUCGGGAGAGGACAAGAUACAGGGACCAGGCAGAGAACUGGGAAACAGCCAAGUUUGCCAGCAUUACUUACCAAGAGUUGCAGGACAAAUAUCAGAAGAAGAACAUGGAGCGGAUUCUUGGAAGGUUAAAGCAAGUUGUGCACCUCAACCUGAUGCAUAACGCCAUCACCAGUCUCAGCCACCACUCCUUCCCACAGUGCGAAUACUUGAACGUCAACAACAACUACAUGUACUCCAUGAAGAACCUGCCGUCCAUCCCGCGGAUCAAGCACCUGUUGGUUGUAGAUAACAACAUCGAGGACUUGCAGGGGCUGAAGAAACUCCGCUCAUCCAACCUGGAGGAGCUCUACCUCUCCGGCAACCCAGUCACAUUUAUAUCCGGCUACAGACAUAGAGUGUUUAAGAUCCUGCCCCAUCUGCGGGUCCUAGAUGGCAUCCCCCGCCUCAAGUCUGACGACGACUCCGAGCCAGAGGAGGAGAAGGAGAGCCCUCGAACCUGUGUCGUGUCCUAGACUGGGUGUCGAGUCCUAGACUGGGUGUCGAGUGCAAAGCAUCCUAAUGUCGGAGUGAGGGUGUUGUAGAGUAGGGAGUCGAGUGUCUGAUAUAUAUGGUGGUAAAUACUGGGAGAGACUUGGGGUGUAUGGGGUGGUCGGUUUAAGGGGGUAGAGGAAUGUGUGGGGAGGGAGUUACAAGGAUUAAAGAUGUAUUCCUAGGCAGUGUUUGAAAUAUAGAAGAUGCCAGGCUGCCAUCAGGACCCAUAGACUUUUGCAGGCCCUGACUAAACUCUUCUGACCCUCAUUUAAAAAAAUGCAGCUUAUUGUGACAAACAUAUCAACAUGUAACCCAUACAAGUGUGAAACUACGGGCCAGACUCUUUGCUGUCAUGGGCCUGCUGGCAGCCGCUUAUUUCGAACACUGGUCCUUGGAUAGGGUUAUAGAUGGAUAAUGGAUGGAUAGGGAAGUUGUUUUAAGGAUUAAGUAUUUUUGCUGCUGUUUAGGGAUUAAUUGUUGAGUCAGAGGAGGAUAAGGGUAGUCUUCUUAGGGUUUAGCAUGAGUUGUGGGUAGAAUGUUACAAGUGGGUUGUGUUGUAAUCAAGCAUUUGGUUUGAGGUUGUGGAUUACAGCUGCUCUGUGAGUGGUCAGGGAUUAAUUAGGUAGUUGUUGUUGGGGAUUAGAUUGUAGUUCUUUUGGAUUACACGUGACGGGAAAAUGUUAUCAGAAUGAAUCAGGUGCAAUGACCUUGGUGGGGUGGGGGGAAGGGGAGUUUAGGACCGAUAUGUUAAGGGUGUAUUAGACUUAUGUUGAUGAAGGGAUACAUUCAUGUUGGCUUGUACGGAUGUAAUGGUACAGGGAGUUGUCAUAUGGUACAUAUUUAUAUGUUUUAUUAUAACGUUUGUUUCCUAAAAAUCAUUACAAAACAGUAUAUUAGUGUGGCAGUAUUAAAGAAAUUCAAAUCAUAGCGUCACAUUCCUAAAAAUUGAAACUUGUAACAUAAUCACAGACAUAAUAGACAAAUAUAUAUGCAAGCCAUCACCUGGCAGUCAUGUAUCCCUGUGUCAGAGGUCGCUGAUUUACAUACCACUCAAAAGAAGUUUAGGACCGCCCAAUUCUUUCAUGACAGAUUCUCUACAGUCAUAUGAAAGAACUGGGAGGUCCUCACCUUGGUUUGGGUAGUAUAUGUUCAAAGUAAUAUUAGUCUCAUGAUACUCCCUAGGGAUCUGAGAAUGUGAUUUUAGAUCACACUGGUCUGUUGAUGGGAAUGUCUGGUCUUGGAGCACGCUCCGCUGUGCUGUGAAGUCGCUGUUAUGAUUUUAAUAUAUUUCUUGUUACUCUUCGUCUGCAAUCUGCACAGGCGUUGAUAGCGUCAGCGCCAUGUUUUGUUUUUGUUGUUUAGAUUAUGUGGCAAGACUGUGAUGUUAUCAAAUGCUGUGAUAAAGAACAAGUGACGAGAGAAGUCACAGACAUCAGCCUGGGUUGACAGUCCCUCUGCUGUUGUAGUCCUGAAUCUGUUUUGAAUACAACCCUGUUGUUUCUGAGUGCAAUGUCAUCUGCACCCAAAAUGGUGCGAUUUUUGUGGCAGAUUGAAGUUUCCGAAUUGAUGUCCUAAAUGAAAUGAAGCCAAAUAUUUUUUAGAAAGCCGACAUCUGCUUGGCUCAUUUAGAUAAGACAGUCAAAGUUCGCCAGAUGUGACCUUCAAUGGAUUGCCCUCAGAUCUUGACACAGAGAGUACCAUGUCAGAGUCUAAGGCCUGAUUUUAAUGAGAUUAUUUAAGCGCUGUGUUUUUUACAAUAACCUUGUUUGUUUCAUACUUGACCAGGAUCGAACAAAUAAAUAACAUCUUUACGAGCAGAAAAAAAGUAUAUACAUAGUGAAGAGGGGAAAGUGUAUCUCAUGUAUCUUGUGGAUGAAUAUAUACAUCAGGGUUGCUGCUGUAGACAAAUCUUAACAACCAGUGUGUGUGUAUGAUGGCUCUCUGGGCCCAGUUGGUUAAGGAGGGAGGAUUGUGUAGCACACGUCACAGUCCUGGUUUAUUUCCCUACACUUUCCCACAUGCUUCGAUGUUUAUGAAGUACUCAGCUUGUGUUUCAAGCACCUAAUUAGGAUAUAUCUUAUCUUAUUGUCUAAUACCUAUUGUAAAUGAGUGUGAGCUGAAAUCCUAGUACUUGACCAAUGUUAAAUGGUAUUGGAGCCUGGAAACUUUCCGGUCUUUUGACUGCAUAUGAAUACCUUUCGCAAUGCAUAUCUUAAUUUUAUGAAUCUCGGUAUUAAGAUUAAUUAAUCAGUAUGGAUCAAGAACAACUCCCAUUAAGUUAUGUCCACAAUCUGCUGAAAAGGCUGGCAACCA